AUGGCCGCCCACCACCGUCACCAGUACUACCAGCCAUCCGCUGUGCCAAUGAGCAUGCCCUCCAAGGCACCGGCACCAGCCAACAUGUAUCCAAUCUCCAGAGUUCCCGGUUCGCCAACAGACUACUCUGAUGCAAGUACCACUGCGGGUAGCCGCACAUCUGGUGGAAUGACGUUCAGCUCUGCCGGCGGCGAUUACGACUCCAGCUCAGCAUCAUACUCGGGCGUGGAUGUCGUUGACGUCCUAAGCGAUCGCAUGCAAGAUGCAUUUGACCCAACGCCACUCGACAGGAGCCUGGCAAGUCAAGCGCAAACCUCCGGCCAACUGCAUGCCAAGCAACAGGAACUCAUGGAACUGCAAGCAAUGGCUGAGCGCCGCAUGAGAGGCCUGCGAGCGAACUUCAACGAAGGGCUCAAAACCGCCCGGGAGACCAAGCGAGAUCUCGAGUGGACCCAGAAGCGCGUCAGCUCCCUCAAAUCUAAGGCCGAGAAGGCCCACCCGGAGGAAUACCGCCGGGCCUCGAAGAAGUACACCUACGACUACUGA